AUGCGGGCCAUCCGACAGUUCUCCGUCCAACUGGCUUUUCGCAGAUUCUUCUGGGUGACUCUGGGGUUGGCGUUGCUGACCUUGUUUUAUGUUGUGCUGGUACCGUCAAGCGAGAGGAUCGAUGUCCAACCAGAGCGGUCUAUGCAAACAACGGCAAUCAGCUUGUUGGCAAAGCUAUUGGGACCCAAUGUAAGUAUUUCUUUUAUAUUUUCUGAAUUUUUAGUCAUUGGAAUGUCAAAUUUUUCUUCCUAAUGGAAAAUAUAGUGUUGUGUUGAUACUUCACAACUUUUUAUUUUGAGGAAAAGCCAUGUGCUUUGUUAAAUCUAGGAUUAUAUUAUACUUGAGCGUCUAAUGAAGAUGCCCAUGUAUUUUUGACGAUUCUUGAUCAAACUGUUAUAAACUGAGCUCCAGUUCUUUUUAAUGUCCCAGCUUUCUAUUCUCGGAAAUUUUUGAGCUAUGGGAGUUGAUUAGAUAACAAAAAUCUUAUCGUUCUCUACUAUUACCCAUGUUUUCAGAAUCAGACCCUGAAACUCACUGCUACUGGUCAAAAUGCCGACAGGAAAGACCAGAAAUCCAUCACAGCGCAGGGAGCUGUAAGUUGACCCACUUUUUUCUUUGAUUUCUUGAUCUUUAGACUUGCAAAAUCCCGAAAUUGGACAAAAACAACCCAGAAAUCAUGGAAUUUGAUGCUCCACCGCCUCCAUUAGGGUGCUCAGGAGAUCCUCACUGGCUUGAAUUGGACAUGGAGAACAGACUGAAACUUACAGAUUACGGAGAAACUGUGUAAUUUCUAUUUUUUUGGAAAAAAUUCCAUGUGAUUGGAAAUUUUUUUUUGAUAUUGUUUGAUGAUGCGAUGGUUUCAGACUGUCAGUAGACGCUCUGAAAUGCACUGCGGAGUUUUUUGAGCGACUUGACGACAAUAAUCUUCAAUGGGAACCAUCAAAAUCCGUAAAAAUUGGAGAUAAAUUGGACAAGACUGAUUAUUUCCUGCUGAAGUGUGACCACAAAGAAGAAAGUUGGGAAAGACUGUUUAUGAACAUGGUCCCAAGACAAAAGUUCAUCGAGAAAUCGAAGGACGUGCAGCCUGCAGAAGACUGGAGUGGCCUGAACGUCUUCUUUAUGGGCUUUGAUUCCCUUUCUCAACAAGCCUAUAGAAGGUCGCUCCCAAAAACCGUGGAAUUUUUGGAAAAAGAGCUCGGAUCCGUUGUCCUGGACGGCUACAAUAUUGUUGGAGAUGGAACCCCACAAGCAUUUAUCCCAAUUUUGACUGGACAAACCGAAGAGGAGCUUCCAAUGACGAGGAAAAGAGUUAAAGGCGCAAAAUACGUCGAUGAAGCGUAUCCAUUUGUUUGGCAGAAUUUCAGCCAAGCUGGAUACACCACAGUCUAUGGGGAGGAUGCGGCAGCCAUUGGAACCUUCACCUACAGAUUGAAGGGGUUCAAAAAUCAACCGGCGGACCAUUAUACUCGCACGUUCUUUCAGUAUGCGGAGAAAUUCGCAAAAAAUAUCAGAUGCGAUGGGCCCGAACCGGAACACAAGGUGAGAUGGAAAAAUGGCGUGGUAAAUAGCGAAUAGAUAGCGGACGAAAACAUGGGUUUUGGCUAUUUUAUAUUAUUGGACGGAAAUUUAUAUUGUAUUAAACAUCAGGUGGGAGAAAAGUGUGUAAAUUUUGAUUGAUUUGAAAGAUUCGAUGAUACAGAAUCAAUGGUAAAUGGAAGAAGUCGUAAAGGCAAGACGUUAGUUCGAAGAAAUUCCUGAUUUGUUAACAGAAAUUUAUAUUGUACUAUAUACAGUUGGGGACCUGAUCCAGUGGCAAAAAACGUACCAUUUUGCGUCCAGAAAGCAUCAAAAAAUGUGGCAAAACACCUCCCUGUUCAAGUGAAAAAAACUCCGAUUUCAAAAGCGCGCCCGCUCUUUUUGUGAGAAAAAACGGUGUGCCCUUCAAAACGAAGUUUUUUUUUACUUGGAGAGGGAAGCAUUUUGCCACAUUUUUUUAUACUUCCCGGAUGCAAAAUGUUACUUUUUUUUGCCACUGGAUCAGGUCCCCACUGUAUAUAGUACAAUAUAAGUUUCUGCUAAUAAAUCAGGAAUUUCUUCGAACUAACGUCUUGCCUUUACGACUUCUUCCAUUUACCAUUGAUUCUGUAUCAUCGAAUCUUUCAAAUCAAUCAAAAUUUACACACUUUUCUCACGGAUGCAAAGUAGUGCGUUUUUUGCCCCCACUGUAUCAGAUGGGCCGAAAAGAAAAGCUCAAUCUGAGCUGUUUAGAACAUUGUGAACGUGAACGGAGGGAAACUGUUAAAGAUGGUGUAAAGUUGCACAAAGAGUUUAAAAAUGAAAUAUUCCAACUCAGAAUACCUGAUUUUGGACGGAAAUUUAUACUCCAUAGACAUCAGACUGGGCCCCUAGAAAUUCGAGACGGUUCGAAUUCCUAGGUGUUCAGUAUUUGCAAAUAAAUUGCUGGUUGAUCUAGAAAGACGUAACCUCUAUUAAUUUUAGGUGUGGUUCAAAUACGCCGAGGAUUUUAUGCGCAAAUACCCUAAGGACACGAGGAAAUUCCUCCUCAUGUUCCACGCCAUCCUCUCUCAUGACGAUAUAAAUCAAAUCAAAUUGGCGGAUGAGGACUUCCGAGACAUGCUGAGAAGACUCAAAACGGAUGGCUACUUUGAUAAUGCGUUGGUAAUCAUCAUGGCUGAUCAUGGAAAUCGAUUCGCGAAAAUAAGGGCAACUCAGCAAGGUCAACUGGAGGAAAGACUCCCAUUCAUGUCAUUGGCACUACCGGAAAAGUUCAGACAAACGGAGAAAGGAAGGGUUGCAUACGAGAAUCUGAAGAAGAACAAGGGCCGCCUCACAACUCCCUUCGAUCUCCACCCAACUCUUUUGGACAUUCUCCAUUUCCCAAGCGUGGAGAUGCUGAAAACACCUCAAGAUCCGGCGAAAAACAGGGAAUUGUCAUUGUUCAGAGAAGUUCCGGAGAGCAGAACUUGUGAACAGGUAAGAAGAAGGUCUAACAAGGAAUGCCUUUUAUGGGGGCUCCUACUUUUUGACGGGACAUGUCUCAAAAAAUCAGAAAAAAUGUGCUGAUCAAGGAUAUAUAAAAAUUAGCUGCCCAUUUUAGGGUUUUAGGGGUGAAAAUGCCCAAAAACUGGCUUAAUUUCCCUGCAAAAGGCACAGGCAUUCGAAACGAUAAAAAGCGCAUUCGGUCUCUUCCUUCGGAAGAGAGCGGUGUGGCCGAGUGGCUAGUGCCGUAGUCUGGGAAUCAAUAGAGACGAUGCGGCACGGUCAACUUUUUUUGAAGUUGAAGGUCUGAAAAAUGAAUUUUUGUGCCAAGACUUAUUUAUUACUUCUUGGAAACUGAAUAAACAUCAUUUUAAGCCAAAAUAAAAGUUGUAAGCCUGUGAAAAAUUAAGCGAAAAGGGGUUUAUAUAGGACUUUAAGUCAACUUCCGAUUGAGUUUUCACCCCUAAAAACCUAAUAUGAGCAGCUAUUUUUUAUAUAUCCUUGAUCAGCACAAUUUCUCUGGUUUUUUGAGAUAUGUCCCGUCAAAAAAAGUAGGAGCCCCAUAAAAGUACUUUCCUUGUAAAAGCGAUGGUGGCAUAGAUAGUUUAGGAAAAUAUCAGUCUGUCGGGAAAAUAACGGCGGAUCGUCGCGCCUCGAAAUCGCCCAUCAUCGCUUUGCGACGGCUGCCGAAGCUGGAGAUUUGGCGCGCGAUAGUGGUGAGGAGAGACAUUUUGAUGCGACGAUCCGCCGUUAUUUUCCCGGCAGACUGAUACCCGUUUAAAAAUUUGUUUUUAUCAGUUUAUGUACUGACAUUCUUCCCGUGAUCUGGAGGAAGAGAUAGCAAAGCGAAAUUUUUGUACAGGACAGGUGAAAAUGGAAGCGAAAACGAGAAAUAUAAAGGGAAAGGGUCGAGAAGGCCUGUAAAGAGGGCCGGGAACGUUGAAUCACCAUGGAGCUAGGAAUACAAAUGGACUUGGGAGGGGGGGGAAUUAGUUUUUUUUUAUGAAUAAUUUUUUGGGAAAUGCUGCUCUUUUGAGAUGCAAAAAAAAUUUUUUUGAGGUUUAAUUAUGAAAAUUUUAUGAAAUUUGCGUGGAUUUGCGAAGCUUUCCUGUUAAUUCGACGAUAAUUUCAGGCUGGAAUCGCCUCUCAUUGGUGUACUUGCCUUAGCUGGGAAGACGCCUUCAAGUCCGACCAGCAAAAGGAACUCUCCACGCUCCUCGCUGAAGGCAUUGUCAAGACCAUCAACGAUUACACCAAGCCAGAAAGAAAGUUGUGCUCGGAAAUCCGACUGGAGAAAGUAAUAUCGGCCAAAAGAUUGAUCCCCAACGAAGAUCUCCUCAAAUAUAAUGGUGUGAAGGAUGCGGAUGGGUUUGUACCGAAGCUAGAAGGCAACACUAAGGCCACUUUCUUCACAUAUCAGAUCAAGUUGCAAACACAGCCGGGCGCCGCCAUAUACGAAGCGACUGUUAAUUACGACGUAACCGGACCCGAAUUGACGGUGGAUUUUCGGUCAAUUAGUCAUGUGAACAAGUUCGGAGACAAGCCGCAUUGUAUUAUCGACAAGAACUACUUCCUUGCGACGUACUGUGUGUGCUAUGACAAGGUCUAG